GGGCCGACUCGAUCUCAAUGAUAUAUACACCUAAACCAUUCCUUUGUUUGCCCCUAAAAGGCUAAAAUUACUCGAAAACCUAACAAUAUCCAGCAAAACUUCGGAUUCUAAUUACAGGGAACAGAAUAGCGCGGUGGCUAUGGCGGUUUUGGGAUCUGGGGACCUGGGGAUGCAAUUGUUUGAAAAGGGAAAAGCAGUGGUUAUUGAGGGGGAUUCGGAAGGCAAUCCUCUGAAACGGCGAGGGGAUGAUGAUGAUGAUGAUGAUGAUGAUGAAGAUAUGGGAUGGGAUAAGAUUGUUUGGGAGUAUUUGCGGAGCAAAUCAUAUGUUGGGGAUUUGCAUAGUAUACGCCCUGGACAUCCGAAAUUCUAUGAGGUUGUGGAGGAGAUUCUGAUGAUGAUUAAUCCGGAACUGUUGGAAGGUGAGGCCGAGACGGCGAAAUGUGAUGCUGAGUGGGAAAAUGACAUCCAAGAGAUGCUUAAAACUAAUACUGAGGCUCUCAAGGAUUAUAAAUUCGUCCCUGAUGCUGUGAGGGAGCUUCGUUCGGAGUUGUGGGACAUGCAUAUUGGGACGGUGAGGAAUCCGGAUCUGUGGGAGAAGUACUUCGACGAGAUGCACAAUUCUCAGGGUUACCUUGUCAAUGCUCCUCCUGAUAAUGUUCCCAGCAGAGCAAGAAUUCAUCCUUUUAAAGAGCACGAGUAUGAUGAGGUCAAAACCAUGGCUGAAUUUCAUCAGAUUUCUGAGCAAUGUCUCCAGUUUUACCACAACCACCAUCAGCAGGAGGAGAGGUACAAGGAUGUCAAGGUUCAGUAUGUGAUGUAUGACCGUAAUGAUAUUAGAGUUCUGUAUUAUAUUACCUUUAACGCUUCUCCAGUUGACCUUCCCGGAGUCAUCCAGACCACCUUUCGAGCACGGUUUGUGGUUGGUCGUGGUCAUUGUAAAGCGCAAGAGGUGAGGUCUUGCGAGCGGAAAGAUGUGUUGGAAUUAGGCUGGAAAAAGGAUGAGCCUUGUCUACUUCGUUGCUGUGACCCGAGAGAGCUUCCUUUGUGUGCCAAGUAUCCUCUUCCUGACAAGGAGCCCUACUGGUGGGAAAUACCUGGGGGAGUACGCCCUCGUGUGACAUUUGUUCCUGAAGAGUAUUGUUCGUGCUGUGGCUGGGUACGUUGAAGCUUUUUUGCAUCAGGAACAUGUAGGUAGUCCUAGCCUCCUAGGAGUAAUGAUAAUGACUACAUUUAUUUACUAGUCUUAAAUUACUUUUGACUCUUUUGCGUAGCAAUGAAAUGCGUGAUGGUACUGGUUUUCUUUUUUACUUAUUUGAUCAAGUGGAGUGAUUAAUUUGCUGCUUUAAUUUGAUUCACAAGUCCAGAGAUCAGGGUUGGG